CCCCGCGGUCGCGCCCCUCCUGGGUCGGCAAUCAGCCCCAGCCCCUUUCGAGACCCCCGGUUUUGGGGAUUCCCGACCCGCUUCUCCCCAGCAGCUAAGCCGUCUCGGGCCUUGCUCCCCCUCUUUGAAGUCUACGUGGAGUAGAACUUCCCGGUUUAGGCGUAAUUGGCACAAUGAGGCAAAGCCUUUCCUCUCUCCCUCUGCACCGCAUUCGCCGCUCCAGUCGUGCUCCGGGGACUGGGAGGGGCGGAGGAGCCCCGUCGUGCGGGGGGCGGUAUCGGCCUCUGUGCGGCUCCCCUGGGUCCUGUUGAGCUUCCUGGGACACAAGUCCGGCUGCCUCCCUGGCCAGAGCGCAGAGACCACAAAGCAAAGGGCCUAAUAAACGCCACUGGGCUUUUAUGGCAAGAAGUGAAGCAGCUUUAUUAUAAGGCUUUACAAUGCGAACCCUUUACCCAAGGGCGCUGAGUAUGUUUGGUCUGUGUGAUUGAUGUAAAGGGUUACACCCUCAGGGAGGGCGGGAAGGACAGGUUCCGAGGCAGAGGACGGGGCUGUGGGCAGCAAGGAAAGGCAAGGACGCCCAGGCGUGGAUGAGGCUGGGCACUGAGGCCUGGGGGACGGGGGACGGGGGCAGGACAGUGCCUGGUGGUGGUAGGAGAAUGGAGUGCGAUGAAGGGGGUUGCGAGAGGAGCCCGGGAAUCGGGAGCACAGGGGUAAAGGGGAGAUGUGCUGAGAGAUGGGGCCUCACACCUCUGACCCGCUCACCUGAGGGGGAGGCGGGGAGGGCUCCCCACAGUAUAAAGCUCAGAGCUCACAUCCACGUUUUCCUCUGCCCCCAGGACAUGAGGGAGACAUGGAGAAGACUUGAUGCCCCCACACCCAAGUCAUCUCGCUCCGAGGACGAGCUCCCCGAGGACUACCCGGUGGUCAGAAACAUGCUGCACAGGCUGGCGGCCAACCUGACCCUGGACCCUAGCACUGCCCACCGCCGCCUGCUCAUCUCCGCUGACCGCCGCAGCGUCCGGUCUCUCCCGGGAAGCAAGACCUCCUCCUAG